CUCCUCUUAUCAUUCGGACUAGCACCUGCAAAUCAGAUUCCACACACACCUUGCGAUAUUAAAAGGCAGAGAAUGUUUCAAUGGCCCAUCUGAUUGCUUUGGCUUCAGCUUCUAUCGCUGAUCCCAAGAGCAAAGAUUAGAAGUCGGACUACUGAGUUAAAAAAUAAACUAUACAUGCCAACUUUUUUCCCUUGAGCCUGGAUAAAAGCUACUUACCGUUGGGAAACACCUCGUUGCUAGCUUUGAUCUACUCUAUUACUUCCUAGAUGAAUUUAAAUAGUUUUCUUCUUAAUUAAUUUGACAUUCCAACUAAUAUUAAAUAGUAAAACAAAAUUCAUGUUUUCUAACUUGUAAUUUGUACCAGAAAUUUAAAAAUGUUUUUACGUGUUACGUGCCGACUUAUUUUCGAGGGGGUAUUGCUUAGAUUUAAAAAGGAAUUUCCAAUGGCCUUCCUUGUUUAUCGGUGGUAUUACCGUAUGAGUUAGCUGCGGGAAAAUCUGUUGACUUCCUACAAGAAGUUUCAAACAUUUGGAAGAAAACGGGCUAAUCUAAACAAUUUGUGUCAUGUUUUUUUCGUAUUUCAAUUUUAAUACUUUGCUGAUAUUAACAUAAACUAAAGUUUUGUAAUAGAAAACAUAACUUUUGUAGAAUCAGAUUUUCUACGAUAAUUACGACAAACACAUAAAACAAAAAAAGACGAAAAAAGUAAAAGAAUUUUAUAAACUUUGGACUGGAUUUUUUGAAAGGCUAUCUAUGUACCUUUUUCGAAGAUCAAGUUGAACAUAGUUCAUUUUACAAAAGUUAAGAUAAAAGAUCAAACUGCUUUGUAAAGUUCGUUUUGUAAAACGGAUAUAACUUGUAGAGCAACGAAACAUGACGGAAAAACGUUAAGCUUAGGUUCGCUAGACUAAAAACCACCUAAAACUAAUUUCCUAUAUCUAAAUCGAGAUGUAAAGAGAGUAGGAGUUAUCGGUUGUUGCAUUUUAAUGGAUUUGAAAAUCCGAACUAAAUCUAGUGUUAUUGGUUCUAUGAUUUUCAAAUCUGUAUUAAAAUCAUGUGUUAUUAGUUUAAUGAUUCAUAAAUUCAAUAUCAAAUCAAGUGUUAUUCAAUCUUACGGAUUUACUAAUAUAUUUGAUUUUAUAAUAUAUUUAAAUAGAUUUUUUUGGAUUUUUUUGUUAAAAAUACAAAGACUCAAAUCGGAGGAAAAACUUCCGGAUUUGCAUAUUUUACUUGGAUUUAUAAAUAUUAUAUGGAUUUAUAAGGAAGCCACAAUAGGUAAAACCCUAGUAACCAACCAUAAGACUAGCUUCUCUCAGACAAGAGACAGAAAACCACUUUGUUGCGUCUAAACCGAUUAAAGUGUAGAAGAUGGAUCAUAUUAGCGGGUUACCAGACGAGAUUCUUUGUCAUAUAUUGUCCUUCGUUCCGACAAAGCGUGCUGCUUUGACAUCCGUUCUCUCAACAAGGUGGCGCGAUCUGAUUGCGUUUGUCCCUAAUCUUUACAUCGAUGACUCUGCGUUUCUUCAUCCCGAACUGCGUAAGCGAGAAAGGUACGAGAUUCUGCAAAGUUUCAUGGCGUUUGUGGAUAGUGUUUUGGCAUUGCAGGGUGAUUCUCCCAUUGGGGAAUUCUCUCUCAAAUGUAAAACUGCCUCGAGGGAUCGUGUGGAUCGUUGGAUAUGUAAUGUCCUGCAGCGUGGUGUUUCGGACGUUGAACUUCUCAUCGAGGAUGAUGUUGAUUAUUUGCUGCCUCAAGAGAUGUUAGUCAGUAGAACACUUACAAAGCUGAGAUUAAGGAACGCACGUUUGCCUGGGGGAGUUGAAGGGGCUUUCUUCUUACCAAUGCUUAAAACUCUUGUUUUAAAGGAGGCUCGGGUUUAUUCGGAUAAGCUUGAGACGCUUCUUCCUAUUCUCCCUGUGCUUGAGGAAUUAUACAUACACCCUUUGACGCGGAGACGUUCGCGCUGUACCGUGUCAAGUGCGAGCCUAAAGUAGCUAGGUAUAACUGUCACGGCUGAAGGAAAGUCAUCAAUUUCAAAGAGCUUUUCGUUUGAUACUCCAAAUCUGCUUUACCUUAACUAUUGUGAUUUCAUGGCGGAGGACUACCCAAAAGUUAACCUCAGUAAUGUAGUUGAGGUUGUACUCAACAUUAUUGCAAGUACAAGUCAAAUCAAUCAAAUAAGAUCGUCAAAUAAUAAUAACAACGAGGUUCUGUGGUAUGGUAAUGUGUGGAAACUCAUGAAUGGUAUUAGAAAUGUGAAGAAACUUGCUGUGUCAGAUUCUACUUUCCAGGUCAGUUUCCUCUAUGCUGUGAACUGGUCAACAACCUCGAAUGGUUACGGUUUAUUUAUUUCAGUCCAUAUGGAUGUAAAGCAAUGCCGGUUAUCCUAAGGAAAUGUCCACAUUUAGACACUCUAGUCUUUCAGGUA